AUGUCUUCUUCAGAAGAGAAAAUUUUGAAACUGACAGAAAUACCCGCUUUCAAGGGCAAGAAUACACAACCAAGGACAACACCUGUUAAUGAACAGAAGUAUGACUCUAAGAGUUUCGUGACUCCAACACAACCAAACUUAUCAAAGUUUGAUAAUAUUUCUCCUCUGGGGGAAGAUCAAAAGCCCAUGUCGAUCACAGACAAUCCAUUUUUAGUCAGACAUGAUCAUAGAGGUACAAGUUAUCAGAUUUUGGGCAAACCAUCAUCCAAAUCCUCCGAAAUAACUCCGAAAUCGCAAGUUUUGGGACUGCAUUCACCGGAGAGUUCAGUUCAAAGAAGAGGGUCCGUAUUCUCAACGAUAUCAGUACCAACAUUCAGCAACGGUGAUACUAAACAAAGUAUGGCGUCUUCAAGAAGGCGCCACUCGAAGACCAAGUCAUUCUCAUUCUCCAUGUAUGAUCUAACUCCUAAAAUCUCCAGAUCAUCUACUCUCAGAGACGAAGAAUCUGAUCCUUCACUUAACAAGCGAAAAACCAAUAAAUUCAUCCAAUGGUUCAGAAAAAAAUAG